AUGUGGUGGUGGUGGCUAUUACUAGCCACCGUUCAAGGCAACAAUGACCCUCUUCCUGCGCCCGAGUACACAGGCGGUGCUGGAAAAUGCGUCAUGUCUUGGACGAAAUCAGACGGCUGCGGAAAGAACCCGCGACUGACAGCGAUCGAGACAGAUUUCAGAAGCCUGCCAGAUCCGGACUUGGGCUGGAUGGAUGAUAAUGGAAGGGAGUGCAUUCUGAAUAAUCGAACAAGGGACGAUCCAGAUCCAGGACUGCCAGAUCUCAGCCCUUUAUUGGACCUCGUUGGACCCAAUGCUGCCCCUUGCUAUGAACCAGCUGGGAUCGAUGCUGAGGAGCCAAACCGUUUGCACCAAAAUCUUCUUCAAAAAAUCUGCCCGAAAUUCGCAGAAACACAUGACAAAGUCUGUUGCUCAUACCCGCAAAUGCAAGAUUUCGACAAGAAAUUUAACAAGAUGUACAAGGGUUUUUUCCAAGCCUGUCCCUCCUGCCUCAAAUCCCAGCUCGAGUACUACUGCAAUCUCUACUGUCACCCAGAGCAGAGCGAUUUCAUCACUGUCAAUCAAGUCUUCAACGCGACAAAUGACAAGACGGAAAAACAAGGAGUCGAUCAUUUUACCGCCGCUCUUCCAAUUUCUUACACAGACGAUCUCUUCGACACCUGUAAAACUGUGAAAUUUACUUGGUUUGUCAACACUCCUUGCAUCAAUGAUUUGAUACCGAGUGAUGGCUUGGCGAGAAAUUUGGUCUAUGAUAGAUUCUGCAGGGAUGUUCCUUCUAAAGAUUGCACUCCAUAUGUUUGGCUGAACAAUCAAGGUCAAGCAAUAACAGAAUGGCCUCGCUUUGGAACACUCAACAAUGUCAAAGCGGGUCCGGAGGACGGCCCGGCUGGACAUGUUUAUAGUUGCACUGAAGAUCUCACGCCAAUAUAUGCGGCGCCAGGGAUCGAUGCCGAUACACCUGUGGAAUGUGGCUGCCAGAAUUGCGCAGAAAGCUGUCCCGAAGUGAAAGAAAUCGACCUUCAAGACCCAUUUCAUCUUGACCAAAUCGACCGGUCUUUCGGCUCAUGUUUGUUUCGACCAACUUGUGGGCCGAAUUAUUUGAUUCCAAACGGCGACGGGUUAAACCGACCAGAUGUGCCGUGCAUGGCAUACGAUCGCCCAGCCUACGAGUGGAGGGAGGAGAACGAUGCGGACAGAGGUUUUCUAGAGCGCUUGUACGAAGUCUGCCCGCGAUACUUGAACAAUUCCCUCGACGGAACUUAUACAAUGACAUGUUGCGAUCAAAUCCAAAUGAACACUCUUCGCGACCAAGUUUCUCAAAUUCGUCAGCUUUUUGGUCGAUGCCCUGCUUGUGUCGAAAAUGCCAUCAAUAUGUUUUGCCACUCCACUUGCGCUCCAGAUCAGGCGUCCUUCAUCGACCCCUGA